AUGACCCCGGUUCCUAUCGUGAAUACCAAAAGGCUCGAUGUUGUAAUGGUUGGGGUAAAUCGGUUAAGGGUCAAUGUGGAAAAAUCGAAGCCCACGGGACCACGAGCUCCUUUUGAAUCCGCUCCAAGUAAGAGUCUCAAGUUUAGUAACACGAAAGGUAAGGCAUCCGCGACUAGGAUGGGGGCUACUUAUGACAAUGAUGGGAGCUACGGUAGGCUAGGUAGCCUAAAUGCCGAGGUUGCUAGCCUUAGUGGCGACGACUGCUCGUGGAUAUGGACGGAUUGGAUGUGGCUCGGAUACUAG